AUGAUGACAUACGCAGCCUCAGCUUCAAGGCCACUGUGUUCUAUUAAUGGCGCUUCACAAACCCAAGUACCGAUUUCACCCAUUGUGAAGAGCAGUGGUCUUAUUAGCAGUAGCAAUAGUAUUAGUUGUCGUAGAAGAAGCAAAGGCGUGUGUGUAAUUAAGGCCUUAAAAAGCUCGUCGCCCACAAGACAGACCUUGUCGAGCAAUUGGGAUUUUCAGACAGCAACUACGUCAUCUCCGCGGCUGCCCAGAUUCGAAGAGCUGGAUACUACCAAUAUGCUUCUCCGUCAGAGAAUCAUCUUUCUGGGUUCUCAGGUAGAUGACAUGACAGCAGAUUUGAUUAUAAGCCAACUUCUAUUUCUAGAUGCUGAGGACCCAAAAAAGGACAUUAAAAUGUUUAUCAAUUCACCUGGUGGUUCUGUUACCGCUGGAAUGGGAAUAUAUGAUGCAAUGAAAUUGUGCAAGGCAGAUGUUUCAACAGUUUGUCUGGGGCUUGCUGCUUCUAUGGGGGCAUUUCUCCUUGCUGCUGGUACAAAAGGAAAAAGAUUCUGCAUGCCCAAUGCAAGAGUGAUGAUCCAUCAACCUCUUGGAACUGCAGGGGGCAAAGCAACAGAAAUGGGUAUAAGAAUUAGAGAAAUGAUGUACCACAAGAUUAAAUUGAACAAAAUAUUUUCAAGAAUCACAGGGAAGCCUUUGGAGCAGAUUGAAGAGGACACAGACCGUGAUAAUUUCAUGAAUCCUUGGGAAGCCAAGGACUAUGGGUUGAUUGAUGUAGUUAUUGACGAUGGAAAGCCAGGCUUAGUUGCUCCGAUUGGAGAUUCCAAAACUCCGCCCAGAACACGAGUUUGGGAUCAGUGGAAAGUUGAAGGGACCAGGAAAGCCAGAAAGAAUUUGCCCUCAGAGCAAAGGAUUUCGGAUAAUGGAUAUAAAGAGACUGAAGGAAGUGACAAUGAGAAAGGAGCCGAGAGGGAAAAGGAAGAACCUGCUGCUAUAUGA